AUUUGGUUCAAAUACUACUAUUGUUCUUUUCAAUUUUGAGUGGAUUGAGUCUGCUACUAUUGUUGGAAUUGAUGUUGUGAAUGAUCUUUACGGACAUAAUAUGUUAAUUGGUUGGUUACGAUGGUCAAGUGCAG